AAUAGCCAUUUCCGGAAAUUACGUCAAUUCACAGCAGUAUUUUCCAGAAAAAAUGGCAGCUGUUGACAUCGACGUGCCGGUAGAAACAGAGCCACAAAUCUGCAACCAGGAGGACCUUGAACGUCUGGCUGAAAGUUUCAAAGAGCAAGGCAAUGCAUACUACAGCAAGAAGGAUUACUCUCAGGCUUUCAACUAUUACACCAAGGCCAUUGAUGCAUGCCCCAAAAAUGCCAGUUAUUAUGGGAACAGGGCAGCCACCCUCAUGAUGCUCUGCCGCUUUCGGGAGGCUCUAGAAGAUUCCCAGCAGGCUGUGCGUCUGGAUGACUGUUUCAUGAAGGGGCAUCUACGUGAGGGCAAGUGCCACCUGUCUUUGGGAAAUGCCAUGGCAGCCAAUCGCUGCUUUCAGAAGGUUUUGGAACUGGAGCCGAGCAAUAGAGAGGCCCAGCAGGAGAAAAAUAAUGCAGCAACACUGUUGGAAUAUCAGCGGAUGGCAGAUUUUGGCUUUGAAAAGCGGGAUUUCAGAAAGGUGGUGUACUGCAUGGACCGGGCCUUAGCUUUGGCUUCUGCCUGCCACCGCUUCAAAAUCCUCAAAGCAGAAUGUCUCGCUCUGCUUGGACGCUAUCCAGAAGCUCAGUCUGUAGCAAGUGACAUCCUGCGAAUGGAUUCUACAAAUGCAGACGCGCUGUACGUUCGAGGCCUGUGUCUUUAUUAUGAGGACUGCAUCGAUAAAGCGGUGCAGUUCUUUGUCCAGGCUCUGAAAAUGGCACCUGACCAUGAAAAAGCCCGACUGGCCUGCAGGAAUGCCAAAGCAUUAAAAGCUAAGAAGGAGGAAGGAAACCAGGCGUUUAAGAACAACAACUAUGAAGCUGCCUAUCAGCUUUACACCGAGGCACUUGCAAUAGACCCCAACAACAUUAAGACCAACGCUAAACUCUACUGCAACAGAGCCACAGCAGGAGCAAAGCUGAAGAAAGUUGAUCAAGCCAUUGAAGACUGUACCAGUGCAAUCAAACUAGAUGACACUUACAUCAAGGCAUACUUAAGAAGAGCUCAGUGCUACAUGGACACAGAGCAAUAUGAAGAGGCCGUACGGGACUAUGAAAAAGUUUAUCAGACAGAGAAAACCUCAGAUCACAAGCAAAUGCUGAAGAAGGCACAGAUGGAGCUGAAGAAGAGCAAAAGGAAAGAUUAUUACAAGGUGCUCGGGGUCGGGAAGAAUGCCACUGAGGACGAGAUCAAGAAAGCGUAUCGCAAACGAGCCCUCAUGCAUCACCCAGACCGUCACAGUUCAGCAACACCAGAGGUGCAAAAGGAGGAGGAAAAGAAAUUCAAAGAAGUGGGUGAAGCCUUCACUGUCCUCUCCGACCCGAAGAAGAAGGUCCGCUAUGACAACGGGCACGACCUGGAGGAUGACGGCUGUUUUGAUGGCGGAGAUUUUGAUGCAAACAACAUCUUCAGGGCUUUCUUUGGUGGCCACAGUGGAGGAUUCACUUUCGAUUCCAGCCCAGACUCUGGACCUGGAAAUUUCUUUUUCCAGUUUGGCUAAAGCAGUGGAGCAUACACUGGACAAAGUCAAGUCGGACCCACAGUCACCUCAUGAUGCUCAUAUUUAUGAGUGUCCUGUUAAAAUCUCACUUAAAAAAAAUCUUCUUUUGAAAUACCGCAUACAUUCCUAAAUUAACUCCCUUGCAUUGAUGCUCAGCCUUUGAGAAGGAUUCAAACAUUGAUGAAGUCUUUAAAAAGUCUUUUAGAUGCAGUUUGCAUCAGCUGGGCAGAGCUUGUCUCUAUUGCCAAAAUUGACAUUUAUGUUCUAUGAAAUUUCAUGUUGUUAAACUGCCUCAGUCUCUAUGAAGGGGAUGAACAGUGAGGACAUACUGGCCAUCAUGUCUUGAUUAUUUUGAGAAGCUGUAACGAUGCAUACGUGUUUAAAGUUCUCCUUGGACUGCACAUCUCUAGUGGAAGAGCUGAUGUUCUGUGGAAGUUCAGUGACAAAUCUGACCUCAGGACAGCCUGUUAAUGACAACGCCGUUCUCUUAUGAGUGUGCGUCCAGAUUUUACUGGCUCUCUUGCCAAAUACAGAAUCCAGUUGCAGGGUUUUUAUUUCCUCUCCAUUCUUCAUUGUAUAUUUGACUCGAAUGUAAAACAUUAUGUGUCCACACAUUGUCCUUCAGUCUUCCCUGAGUCUAUUUAUAUUUAUUGUACUGUAUAUCCUAAAGUGUAUGCAGCAAAAUCCCAGUGAUGUUCGUCUUCCUUUGUUUGUAAAUGUUUUUGACCCCAUCCUUUUCACUCAUUUUUCACCUGUCUGAAACGGACCCACAUAGGAAUACAUCCACACUUUGUUUUUGUUUUGUUCUUUUCAAAGCAACUUCACAAACGUCAUCCACAUGUUGCACUGCCCCAUUCAAAUUCAAGUGGUGCCUUACUAGAAUCAGUGAAGCGUCCUAAAUAAAUCCACAUACUAGUUAAAAAAAAAAGGCAGAUGUUACACUUGUAUAGCAAUUUUUUGGUUUUAUGAUAAUCUGGAGGAAAAUCUUUUCAUCUUGGACCCGUGUCAUCAGUCACACUUUGCUGUCAUUCAUCCAUUCAUCAGUACAACCCUUCCCCUACUUGUUCCACCUGUUUAAAGGGGCACUGAUAGCUUCCACUGUUAACUGUUCUGUCACUGAUGUGUACAUUACGUUUAAAAACUUGCUACGGUAUUAACAAGACCUUUUUUUUUUUUUUUUUUUCUUCCUU